AUUCCAAUUUAAUUCCCAUUCCCAAUUUGUCAAAGUGUCCCGUCCCUAGUUGUCAAAGUGUUUUGUGUUAUUAUGUUAGAUAUAGUAGUAAUAUUUUAAAGAUAAGUUUAUUUUGUGUCACCAAAAUGUUUUUAAAUAAGUAUACGUCAUUAAUCAAUGUAUUCUUUGUGAUAAUUAUUUCAUUUUUCAUGUACGAUGUCAGUGCUGAGUGCAACAUUCCAAUUGUUUUAAGAGGAUCAUGGUUUUCAUGGGAAAAUAUACAAACAGAAACUGAGCUAAAUGCAAAUGAGAUGCACCGGAAUUCUGACCAUGGAUAUGUUUGUGAAGACAUCAAAGAAGAUUUCCAUGUGAAUUACACAAUCGUGUUUCACCACCCAGCUGAUGGGUGUUACCACUGUGUUAAAUUUGUGGUUCGAACCGUCAAUGUCUUGGAGAGAAUCGAAACUGGUUGUGUGAAUCUGAGGAGAGGACAACAACCAACUGUUGAGAACGUGUGCGCCAACCUGAACCCUGAUCAGCAGCUGAUUACGAUGUUCUCUCAGAACUACGUCCCUGUAAACUGCCGCUCAAGUCUGGAGGGCGUGUGGCAGUUUGCCUAUCAGAACCGGUUCCGUUUCACAGGAGAAUGUAACCACCCUGAAGCUCAGAUUAGAUCUUGUCAACAAGCUGGGUCUCAGUUCCUCAUAUCCAACCAGAAGUUCAACAUCACAUACAAGGCAUGUCCUGGCAUGACUGGCACCUUCGAUGGAGUGGUUGAAUACAGCUGUCUGGGAGACUGGUUUGUGGACAAGAAUCAUUUUUUCGCCGUUGCAAACACCAAGGAGUCACGUAAGGAGGAGAAGUACCGAUGUUUCCUGAAGAACCGAGAUGAUGACUUGUACCUUGGAGUCUCCAUUACAGCCGAGUGCAACACACUGAAGACUGUGGAGAAGAGUCCUGAGAGGCUGCAUGUCAACCCGGUGAAAGCUGAAGUAGUAGAGGCUGGUUGUCGUCUGCCUCAGAACUUCUCUGGAAACUGGAUCAACACAGCUAAUCUGGACGCUGAUGUAGUCAUCAACGAGACUCACAUCACAGAGACAUGGUAUCCGGAUCAGGGCCGCUACCGACGGACCAUCUACAUCUGUCGGGAACAGCGAGACACACGCUUCAUGAUGGCUCGGCUCACUGUAGAUGGAUGCCAAAAGGAUUACAUCUGUUUUGACUUCGUGCCACGCCAUCACAAUAUCAUCAGGUAUCGCAAGGGAGUGGCAGUCAUCACUGACGACUUUCACACUGUAUGUUCCUGGGUGGCAUUCCAAAACAAAGAGCAGUGGAAAUACGACCUCUUCCUUGGUAAAGAUCCAGUGCCUGUUAGAUGUCCUGUUGCGGGCAAGUUCAACUUCACUCAGCGAGGAGACGUCCCAUUUGAAACUCGUAUCCUUGGAGGAGUGACACUGUCGCCUCGUCCAAACGUCUACUGUAAAGAAAACAUUUCCGACUUUUCUGUCUGCGACACUGACCAAAAAGAGAUGAAAAUUGAUGAAACCUACUGUCUAUCAGUGGACCACCUUGGACGACCUAUAGAUAUUUACAGUGACCCUGAUUACAAGCUGAAGUGUGUUGGAUAUUGGAAGGAGAACCUCAAGUCGUACUUGAUCACAUUUGACGAGCUGGACGCCUUCAGCAAGUACCGAUGUUGGGUGUACCAGCGGGCGGAUCUGAACAGAGUGCUCAUGUCGCAGGCUAUCGGACCCUUCUGCGACCUCUCACAGGACGUGACCAGCUGGAACUACACCGAGGGCGCUGCCGUCGCUCUCGAGAUGCAGGAGUACGAGAGAGAACGAGACAGAUGUCCGAUGCAUUUUGACGACGGCUCAAAUCCCUGGACCCAAUCCGAGAGUCACAUUCAUAUUUUCCACUUUGAUGGAAGUUCAGCCUCUCUCAGCCCAAUCAAUCUGUUUUUGACAUUCAUCGUCGGUGUUUUAUUGGUUGUUUUACAUAAUUGUUGACCUAUGAAUUAACUUAUUGAUAUACAAUCAGUUAUUCAGUUUGGGAGGUUUUAAAAAAGAGAGCUAAAAUAGUUGUAGAGAGGUUUUAGUUUACGUAACAUUUCUAAUUCCUGCCACAAACUACAAAAAAGAAAGUAUAGCAUUUCUUGCUUGUUAUAGCUUAAUUUUAAACAUAUUAAGAACAAGUUGAGAUCAUUUAAGGUAGUGAGAUUUAAUAGUAAGAUGCCUUUGUAACAAAUUUGCCUUACUAAUCUACAAUAUAUGCAUACUUAUUUUGUAAAUCUAUUGUCUAUUUUAUAAGGUGAUCGACAAAAACGUCUUUUAGCAAAUUUCUCUUAAAGGGAUAAGCUAUUACCUAGGUCUCAUGGUAAGACCUAGCCCCGGGACCGUUCAAUUUUUUGUUUUGAGGUCCCCAGAGGUAUGUAGAGCUUAGCGUUGUUGUACGCUUAAUGGUUUUGGGGAAAGGUUAAAAGAACUUAAAUAUAAAAUUCCCAUGUUCAUCUUAGGGAGAGCAAGUAAACUGUUGCGUUUUGUUUUAUUAUGUAUGUAAUUUGAACAAGUUUGGCAAAUUUAUUUCAUUUCCAUAACAAAUGUAUUAAUAUUUCUUUAAGAACACACUUUAUUACCUCCCCUGUAGCAGCAAACCUAAUUGUUCAUUAAACAUUAAACCUAAUUUCAUUUAAAAAACUAAUAAAUCUGACAUAUUUAAGGGAAAAUUUUUCUCUCAAAUCUUGACAUUCCAGUUGCUUUCAGCUGUUGUACUUUAGUGUUUUAUUUUAGUCUAGUAAUAGUGUGUUGUGCGUUUUAUUUAUACAAUUUAGAAUGUAUACUGGAGGGCUUGAAUUCUAUAUUUUAACAAAAGUACACAUCUAUAUUGCUUUUACAAAUUAGUUUCAAUCAUUAAGAGUUUAUAAAAGUCUUGAUAGUGUAGAAUAGAAAUAAACAUCAAUUUACAUUUUUUAAGCGUAGGCCUACUUAUUUAAAAACUUAGUUGCUGUAUUAGAACAUUUUUCCAAUUAUUGAGAAAUAACAAAAAAGUGUUAUUGCUGAGAAAUGCUCGCCUGUGCUUUACCUUUAGAUGUAUCAUAUUUUUACAUUACUGUACCUGUAUCUUUGUAUUUUAAAACCUUUUAUUGCUGUGAUUAAUGUAAAUGUGUGUCCGUCCAUAUUUAUAUGUUUUUUAGCCACUCGUUAUAUGUACCAAAGGACUAUACUGAACAAUACACUAAUAUUUUACAGCAAUAACAUUUAUACAUAUCAUUCAGUGUUGGAUGAACAGGUUGUGACUUGUUUAUUAUGUGUAUCAUUAAAGAUGGCUGACCGAAUUGAUCCAAUCUCUGAACCAAACGAAUUUGAACAUGAGGCAUGAGGGAGUCUGCUUUACACAAUCUCAGUGAAAUAUCUGAACAAUAGAUAAUAUCUUCAACUUUUAUCUAAUAUUUAACAAAUUUAAUUUUGUUUAGUCAUUAAAGCAGCUUAAGAGCAUGGUGAUUAUUUGCACAAAUUAGUAUCAUAGAUAAAACCAUAGACAAAAAGAAUUAAAUAAAGACAGUCAACUGAGCUGCGGUUACCAUAGGUUCUGGCGCACACCGCUGGGAGCGCCAUUCAGUUACGGCGUACACGCUAUGUAACUACACGGCGCUCCCAGCAGUGUGCGGCAGAACUUAUGGCAACCAUUGUAACCGCAGCACAGCUGACAGUCUAUAUUUAAUUCUUUUUGUCUAUGAUA